CAACAACUGUCAAAUAAUCUAACCUCUUCGUAAUUCGGUUGGGGGAAGUUUAAAAUACUUUUCAAUAGGAUUACUUACAUGAAUUAUUAAAAUAAGUACUAAGGAUCAUGGAAGAUAAACAGAAAAAGCUCCACAGCUGUCCUCACAAUGGUUGUACAGCUUCAUUUACUAGGCCAUAUAGAUUAACUGACCAUAUGUAUUCAGCUCACACCAAUGUUAAAGCUUAUGCUUGUAAAGAAGAAGGAUGUGGUAAAUCUUAUUCCAAUAAAAGCCACUUAAUCAGACAUAUUAACAGUGUACAUAAAAAAGUGGCAAAUGAUGUAAUCUACAGUUGCCCAACUUGUAUGAAAAGCUAUGUGAACAGACAGAAUUUGAAAAGACACAUAAAAAUUCACCAAACAUCUGGAACAUCUUAUUCAUGUGAUUUUUGCAGAGCAGUUUUUAAAAGGAAAACACAAUUGAAAGCCCAUUUGUAUCAACAUACUGGUAUAAAGUCUUUUAGUUGUGAGUUUUGCCCAAAAGAUUUUGUAACUUAUUAUGAGAAGAAAAGGCAUCUAAGACAUCACAAAAAAUAUGGAUGCAGUCACUGUGAACUGGUAUUUGAAGUCUGGUCCAAGUACCAGAAACACUUAAAAACAGAACAUUAUCCUAAAGAGUACAUUUGUAAUGAAUGUAACAGGAGCUUUAAAAAGAGAUGUCAUAUAGUGCGGCAUAUUAAAAUACACGAUGUAAAGCAAGUUGUGUACUUUUGCUCAUAUGAAAAUUGUCACAGAUCCUAUACCAGUAAUAACAACCUGAAAGCCCACAUCCUGACAAAUCAUUUUAAAAUAAAAUUUGAAUGCUAUUUAUGCAAAGCUCAACUCUCGUCGAAGGCUGUUUUGGACAAACAUAUAAAGGCCCAUGUUCAGUGCCAAGAAAUAAGCAGAAAAGGGAAGAAAUCUAUUGAGCGCAAAAAGAGGAAAGAUUUAGGCAGUGUAAAAGGGUGUACUGCUAUGAAACUAGCUGGCAUUAAUAUUUGUGAAAGUGGUGUAAACAUCGCAACUGAUGUAACUGUCAACUAGUUAAAAUCAAAAAAAAUAAUUUAUUAAACUGCUACUAUUUUUGUAUGUUUUAGAAUGAGUCAAAAUAAUGAUCUCAAGGUUGAGAAGUGUUGUCUUUACUGUAAGACUUAUUCAGUUGUUGGUUUUUUUCAAUAAAAAAAUCUAAUUAAAUUUAAAACUUGUUUAUCUGCCUGUAUUACAAGUAACUAUAGUUUUAGUCUGUUUUAGCUAAGGUUUUGGCGCCAAUGUAGAUUGAGGAAGGUCACUAUCACAAGCUAGUGGCACAACUGGUGAGCGCUCAAGCGGUAGGAGGACUAUCGCAUUUGCCGAUUUGCUCUGAAUGGCGCCACUGUUGAGUAUGGUCAUGUCAAUCGCCAGUGCUGCCAAGAGUCAAGUAUAAAAACGAUAGCCUCAUUGCGUACCGACCUAGACCUUGAGUCACUUUCUGCUAUAGAUCGUUUCAUCCACGAAGACGCGCCCCACCAUUAUUCCGCGGAAUAUUUGAGUGUUAUCGUAUCGGUACACGCCAAAUUUUAUUAUCAAUGAGUGCACGCGCACACUACAAUAUUGCUCGGAUUGCUUGUACCAAAAACUCCCCGCACCCCGCGCUCCCCUCGAUCAAAAAUUGGUGGGGCGCGUCUUUGUGGAUGAAACGAUCCAUACAACAACUAAUAUUUUGGUUGGAUCUUAAGACUAAGGGAGGGAAGAACGAAAUUAUAAGUCGGAAAUGUUACAUCUCAUAGUUUAUUAAUAUUUUAUUAGACCCUUUACCAAAUUAUUAUAAAGUAAAUAAAUAAACUACAUACUCGGUAAUAAGUACCAUUCCUUUAUAAGUAUAGACCGUCCGAGACGAUACAUUUUCAACUGCAAAUAAACUCCUAAAUACAAGCUGAACAGACAAUAUUCCAAACAUUCUUCUAUACAUAAAUGUAUUCUAAUAUUUUCUAAUUUUGUGUAUAAUUUAUUGAUAUAAUUUAUAUGUGACAAUAUUCAAUUGGACACAUCUAAAAUAUGAGACAUAAUUUCCAAAAACAUGAAUACAUCACAAUUUCUUUAUAUGUAACAUUCAUCUAAGGCACAAUCUGCUAAAAUUGAUAUAAUAAAUCACUAUCACUCAAUUUAUUCCAAACUGGUUCUGCGUAAAUAGUAUCUCUUUAAAAAUUAGUAAAAUGAUAUUAUUUGUUUAAUAAUGAUUUAACAUAAUAAAUGUAACAGUAAAAUAUCAACGACACUCAACCCGCUUAUACAAAUAAUUGCUUUCAACCAUGUUAAUUUAUCUAUCUUACAUAAUAUUACAUACAUAACAACU